AUGGCGCUGUCAGCUCUGCCAGCGGGGUCUCUGAGCUCUGGUAUCUCGACUGGGUGGACUCCGUGGUCCGCCAGCCACCAGCUCACUGCCAGGUCAGGGCAGGUCAGGUCAGGGCGGUAUAGUGACCUGGCACUGGGUCAGCUGCCAGCCGGGGAGUCCUGGGAACCCUCCCGCCGCCCCAGGUCGUUCGCCGCGGGCCGCCGGCCGCUGGUCGGUGUCCGCCGUCCCGUGGUGUCCCGGCGCCGUGGCCACGGCCCGCCGACAGCCGCGCCCCAGCCGCCCACCCCUACUACCAGCGCAGCGCCCCCGGUCGUCUGGUUUCCCGACCUCAGUGACGAGUGCGAGCCACCGGCCAAGUCCUCCAGCAGCUUCAACGCCUUCGGAUUCCUCGCCUUCGUGCUGUCAGCGGUCAACCUGGUCAGUCUGCUCUCGUCGAACGUCAACAACAACAUCAACAACAAUAAUAACAACAACAAUAACAACGACAAUAACGACAUUAACACCAACGAAGACAAUGCCAACACCAACCAGAACGUGUUGAACCAGGUGAUGAUCGCACCCGGACGCCGUCGCCGCGAGGCAGCUCUCAAAGACAACUCCACCCAAACCUGGCGCGCAAAGACCUCUGGUUUCUCAGGAGAUCAAGUCAAACCGAUCUCUGGAUCGGAGGUAGACGAAGUCACCACCCAGUCGGACCCGAAGGAAGCCACUCUUCUCGUGGUGUACUCCGUGCUGGUGGCGUGGAGUGAGGCGGUGGUUACCGCUGACCGCUGCUGUGCUCUCAGGGCUGUCUGCGAGGCCGGGGACCAGGGCAGAGCGCUCGGCCGGUUGGGUCAAACGCUGGUGGACGUGUUCAGUGCUGCUCUGGCCGAGGUACUUCAAUGGGAGACACCCGGCACCAGCCUGGAGGACGUCCUUCAGGCGGCAGCGGCCGGCGACUGUGACACCGCCUACCCGUGCUCGCACCGCUGCAUAGGGGGGAAGGCAGGCUGACGGACUGCGCUCGGUCGCCAUAGGGGGAAGGCUAGCUGAAUGGCUGCAGAGUGCAGACAGACGACGGAAGUACGGUGACUGCAGGGGUGAGAACCGGCCAUUGAGGCAAGGAGUUACUAGCAGCGACAUCUUCUUCAAGCUCCACUCUGCCGCGACGGCAGAGACAUCUCCACUAGUGAAUCUCUGUGGGCCACGGACUGACUGACAUGCACCUUAUCGUAACCUGCCUGCAGUCUCUGCUGCUGUUGCCGCUGCUGCCCAAAGCGGUUCUGUGUGCGAGGUCGUCCGUGGUUACCCAGUCACCGCUGGCCCCGCUGGAGGGCGAGAGGCGUCCCUAUGCUCCGGUCCCUCCGGCUGCCGUGGUCGUUGAGGACGCCGCCCUCUCUCGGGCCGCUCGCUCGGCGCCCUCCACCUCCUCUCGACCUCCGCUGGUCUACUUCCCCGACGGAGAGGAGAAGGAGUGUCAGGACGCCUCGGCAGGCUACGGCUUCAACGUGUUCAGCUUCCUCACAUUUGUCCUGUCCGUCUACAACCUCGUCGGCAUUCUAUCCAACAACGUCAAUAACAAUAACAACGCCAACAAUAAUAACAACAACGACAAUAAUAACAACGACAACAAUAUAAACGUGGCCGACACGAACAACAAUUUGAACCAAGACAACAUGGUCAACAUCAUGCCGGCAGGACGUCGGAGGAGAAACGUCGAGGGCUCUCGGACCUUCACCAUCGCAGGCGAGGACAUGGCACAUUUGAUCGAAAAUGACGAUGCUGCCGUGGUCAUUUUGGACUGGCUUUCUGCCCUGAUGCCCCUAAACUCAGACCCGCUGUCUGCAGCUGUUACACUUGGACAGCUCGGGUCGGCCGUGCAAUCUGAAACGAGACGGUAAUUAUAUUUCAGCCAGCUGCUUUUGUCAAAUGUGUCGACCAGCCAGCGGCCAAUCUAUUUUUAGCGAUAAGUCCCUUUUGUCACAAAUGUUGCAAUGUCUCCAAAAUCCGAUUUAAAGCUGCUCACAUAUUAUGCUAUGUUAUGUUAUGUUUUGUUAUGUUAUAGGUCUUAGAUAAAUUCAUUUUGUCAAAGGAUGAUGCAACUUUUUUAACGCCAAACAAUGACAUAUUUUGACCAACAUAAGAACAUCGUAUGCAUUACAAUCACUCACAACAAAACGUGAGCAGCGAUACCGAAGCAAUGGCUUUGAAUUCAACGCUGAUAUUUACCCUAGAUUUAUCCACCAUAUGACAUGCAGUACACGUACGUACCGUUUCCACGACAAAUCUAUCUUUCAAUCGCUAAAAUCAGCAUGUUUUAUUUUGCGUAACCUGUGAUCAACGGUCAUGCAGAGAUCAUUAAAAGUUUCUUUGCUGUA